CGGUCUUGCAAUCAGUCUCAUAGAAGUCAUCGGGACGGCUGCACGUGCGUUAUGUCACGAUCGUCUAGCGGGUCAGAAAACGUUUGUGAUAACGAUAAUAAUGGUAGAAACAUAAAAAGUAUUAGAAGAAACGUCAACGGCAGAAUGGCCAACGGUAACGAGCAGGAAGGUCACGUUCUGGUGCUUUAUACGGGUGGUACGAUAGGAAUGAUGAGAAAUGAACAAGGAGUACUGCUGCCAUUAGCUAAUGCGUUUGUAAAAAACCUACGGAAAUAUCCACAAUUGCAUGAUCGAGAGUAUGCCGAGAAAAGAUUCGGGGCGAUGGGACCGCUAGUUUUGCCCGUGACUGCAACUGACAAUCGUCGAGUUGUUUACAACGUAUUCGAGUACUCGAAUCUCUGUGAUUCCAGUAAUAUGACUAUGGAUGGCUGGAUUCGUAUUGCUAACGAUAUUAAGGAAUCUUACGAGCGCUUCGACGGAUUCGUAAUCCUUCACGGCACCGACACCCUCAGUUACACUGCGUCCGCUCUUUCUUUCAUGCUCGAGGCUCUAGGCAAGACUGUCAUCCUAACCGGUUCACAAGUACCGAUUUUUGACACGAGGAGCGACGGUCUGGACAACUUCCUCGCAUCUCUCGUAAUCGCGGCGAAUUACAAUAUACCUGAAGUAUGCGUGUUCUUUGGUACAAACUUGUUGCGCGGCAAUCGGACGAGCAAGGCGUCUGCGACAUCAUUCGAAGCAUUCCAGUCACCGAAUUUUUCACCUCUCGCCAUGGCAAACGUCAAGAUUGAAGUGAACUAUCGUUUGAUUUUCCGUCCCUGUACUAUGGAGAAGUUCUACGUACACGCGUCACUCAAUCGAAACGUAGGCCUGCUCCGGUUAUUUCCCAGUAUCACUUCCGAUCUGGUCAAGGUGUUUCUUCAACCACCCAUCGAAGGAGUCGUGCUGCAGUCCUACGGCUUGGGAAACAUCCCUACAAAUCGCGAUGAUAUCAUCGAAGAGCUUAGCGCGGCGACAAAGCGCGGUGUGAUUGUUGUGAAUAUCACACAAUGUUCGACCGGAUGUGUCUCGGAUACGUACGAGGCUGGAAAAUUACUCCAAAAAGCUGGUGUGAUAUCGGGCUUUGACAUGACACCGGAGGCCGCGUUGACGAAACUCGCGUAUGUCUUAUCGAAGAAGGAUUGGGAUACGGAAACCAAGCGACAAAUGAUGCAAACGAACUUACGGGGUGAACUGACCGCCGGUCGACCGCCCACAAUACAGGAUUGGGAUCUGGUGGAAGCUGUCGCUAGCUCCUUGAGAUUAUCCUCAACAGUAGAACUUCAGGAAUUGGGGUCAAUCCUGUUUCCAGCUAUGCUGAACGCCGCAGUAGUGAGACGCGAUAUUGUGAAACUCGAGUCUUUAAAAGGAUACGGCGCGGAUAUCUCGCAAGCAAAUGCAGAUGGUCGAACGGCUUUGCACAUAGCCUGCUGCGAAGGAGACUUGAAAGUCGUGCGACGUCUUUUAAAAAUGGGUGCAAAUGUUCACAUUAAGGAUCGUUUUGAUCGCACGCCUCUCACUGACGCGAUCGAAUACGAUCAUUAUGAGAUUAUCAGGAUAUUAUUGCAAUGUGGAGCACAUCUUCACGGCGAUGCUGUGCUGAUCAGCGAGAAGAUGUGCAUGGCCGCGACCACAGGAAACACGAAGCGUCUGCAGUCGUACCUGCUGGCUGGAGCUGAUCUGUCCCAAAAGAAUUUUUCUGGACGCACGCCACUGCAUUUCGCUGCUCUUCAUGAUCGUACGGAAGCGAUUGAGUUCCUGUUAGAUCACGGUGCAGAUCCGUAUUGCCUCGAUAUACUGGGACAAACCGCGAUGGAUCUCGCAGAAGCUACGCGAGCUGCGAGAGCCACGCGUUUGUUAGCGUCUUUCAAGCAGAAUGCCGUCCACGAUGACGACAAAAUUACAGCGUGAAUACAAAAUCUUGUAUUGCUUGUCCAUUAUUUUAGAUCCGAGUAUACGUUGCUCUAACUUUAAACAAGACUUAAACUUUUUUCUUUCUCUUUCUGUCUCUUUCGCUUGAGAGAGAGAGAGAGAGAGAGAGAGAGAGAAGAGAGUUUUAAAUCUCCUUUAAAGUUGAAGUAAUAUUGGUACAAUCGGGUUUUAGUUAUCUAAAUCUGAAAAUAAUUAUCUCAAAGGGAUAU